AUGGGCAACCUGAUAAAGGUAUUGGGCAAAGAUUUAGAAAACUGUCCUCAUUUUUUCCUGGAUUUUGAAAAUGCGCAGCCCACGGAGGCCGAGACGGCGGUGUGGAACCAGGUGAACGCCGUGCUGGAGGAGGCGCAGACCAUCCUGGCCGAGCUGCAGUCCUACACGGGAGCCGGGCAGGAGAUCCGAGAGGCCAUCCAAAACCCCGGCGACCUGCGGCUGCAGGAGCGCGCCUGGAGCGCCGUGUGCCCCCUGGUCGCCAAGCUGAAACGCUUCUACGAGUUCUCCCUGCGGCUGGAGAACGCCCUGCGGAGCCUGCUGGAGGCCCUCACCAGCCCUCCCUACGCCCCGACCCAGCACCUGGAGCGGGAGCAAGCCCUGGCCAAGCAGUUCGCCGAGAUCCUGCACUUCACCCUCAGCUUCGAUGAGCUCAAGAUGACCAACCCUGCCAUCCAGAACGACUUCAGCUACUACAGACGGACCAUCAGCCGGAAUCGCAUCAACAACCUGCAGCUGGAUGCAGAGAGCGAGGUGAACAACGAGAUGGCCAACAGGAUGUCCCUGUUCUACGCCGAGGCCACCCCCAUGCUGAAAACCCUCAGCAAUGCCACCACCAAGUUCGUUUCAGAGAACAAGACCCUCCCAAUCGAGGACACGACCGACUGCCUGAGCACCAUGGCCUGCGUGUGCAGGGUGAUGCUGGAGACCCCGGAGUACCGGAGCCGCUUCACCAACACCGAGACCCUGCUCUUCUGCAUGAGGGUGAUGGUCGGCGUCAUCAUCCUCUACGACCACGUCCAUCCCGUGGGGGCCUUCGCCAAGACCUCCAAGAUCGACAUGAAAGGCUGCAUUAAAGUCUUGAAAGACCAACCCUCAACCAGCACCGAGGGGCUCCUGAACGCUCUGAGGUACACCACUCGGCACCUCAACGACGACACCACGUCCAAACAGAUCCGGGCCCUGCUGCAGUGAGCGGGGCCGGAGCCGCAGUCACCGUGUCACUGACGCCCAUGACCAUACAGCUCAUUUUGUACAGAGGGAAAAGGGACAGCGAGGAACACACAGAAAUGCUAAAAACAAAUCAAAACGGGCCCGGGCUGCCCUCCCCUGCCACGGGCUCCUGCCCCUCCCCUUCCCACCCCCAAAUCAGCACUCGCUCCUGGACACGAGGUGUGGGUGGCACUGAGGGGACACGGGGCCGGGGCCAGGCAGGAGAGACCCGGGCAAGGGAAGUGCUGGUGGGGCUGGCAGCAGGGUGCCCAUGGCACGGGGGCACCUUGGGGAGGGGGCAGGUGGUGCCCCUGUCCCCAUCCUGGUCCCCAAGCAGGAGGAGGAGGGAGAGGAUGAGGAGGAGAAGGAAGAAUCCCUGUGGAUCUGCACUGACUCUGGAGGAAACGGCUCAGUCUCACCUGGUAGAUUUUUAAUAUGAGCAAUUAAAUCCACACUCACCUCUUCUUUUC